AUGACGUCCAUCCUCUCUGCUCUUCUCUGCCUCGGGCUGAGUUUGGACCAGAGGACCCAUGUGCAGGCAGGGACCCUCCCCAAACCCACCAUCUGGGCUGAGCCAGGCCCUGUGAUAAACUCAGGGACCUCUGUGACCAUCUGGUGUCGGGGGACCCUGAAGGCUCAGGAGUACCGGCUGUAUGCAGGUGGCAGGUACUUGAACAGACAGAAGUCCCUGGAGCCUGGAGAGAGGGUCAAGUUCCUCAUUACAGGAAAGUAUACAGAGAGAUAUACCUGUAACUACCUCAGCCCCACUGGCUGGUCAGAACGCAGUGACUCCCUGGAGCUGGUGGUGACAGGAUCCUACAGCAAACCCAGCCUCUCAGCCCUGCCCAGCCCUGUCGUGACCUCAGGAGGGAAUGUGACCCUCCAGUGUGACUCAGUGGAUAAAUUUGACAGGUUCAUUCUGACUAAGGAAGGACAUCACAGGCUCUCCUGGACAGUGGACUCACAGCAACAACCCAGUGGGCGGUCCCAGGCCCUGUUCCCUGUGGGCCCUGUGACCCCCAGCCACAGGUGGACGUUCAGAUGCUAUGGCUAUUUUGAGAAGCAACCCCAGGAGUGGUCGGACCCUAGCGACCCCCUGGAUCUAACGGUCUCAGGAAUGUACAUGGAACCCUUCCUCUCAGCGCAGCCGGGACCCUCAGUGGCCUGGGGAGCAACCGUGACCCUGCAGUGUGGCUCUGAGAUCUGGUUUGACACCUUCCACCUGCACAGGGAGGGGUCACUGGACCCUCCCCAGCACCUCCAUCCGCAGGACACGUCUGCACCCUCUCAGGCCACCUUCACCCUCAGUCCUGUGACCUCAGGCCACCAGGGGACCUACAGGUGCUAUGGCUCACGCAGCACCUCCCCCUACCUGCUGUCACAGCCCAGUGACCCCCUGAAGCUGGUGGUCUCAGUCUCUACACCCCAAGACUACACAGUGGAGAAUCUCAUCCGGAUGGGCGUGGCUGGAUUGAUCCUAUUGGGGCUCGGGGUGCUGCUAUUUCAGGCUCAAAAUGACAACAAAGGGGCCAUCGAUGCAGCCAGAUGA